AUGGUACCUCAGGGCAAGGAACGCCAGCGUCGCCGCAAGAUAAGUCUUGCAUGUGAGCCAUGUCGCGAACGCAAGUCACGAUGUGAUGGCGGUAAGCCCAUCUGCUCCAUGUGUCGGCGACGAGCACUAGGGUUAGAAAGAUGCGUGUAUAAGUUGGAGAAUGCGAGGACGGCCAGCACAGAUGAGGACUCGCAUGUCCAAGUUCCGUCGCUAGACUUUGACCUUCCCCCCAUUGCUGAAGCAGAGACUGAAGCCGACACAAGGCAAACACCAACAUCCACGCCAAUCUGUUCGGACUAUAGCUUCUUGCGGCUGACGCCCACCAAGGAAUCCUCGUCAGUAGACUCGCCUCUCGUGCAAUCCCAGCCACCAAACACGGCAGCCUCCGCAGACAACGGCAUCGUCACCGCCGAACCAAACAGUAGCGUCUCAGCCAUGGGCACAGUCAUCACCGACGACGACGUUUCCGUCUCCGAAGACUUCUACGGCAGCUCCUCUACGGCCUCGUUCUUCAAGGAAGCCUUCGACUCCAUGAAGGACCACAAGAAACACCAACACACGCAGCCCCGGCGAGAAGCAGGCCGCGACUGGCGCCGCGGCUCGUCCUACUUUGUGCCCUCUCAUCAAUUCUCCCUGCCACCUCGCGACCUCGCAGACCACCUGGUCGCCACAUUUCGUGAAAAGGUCUACUACAUGUAUCCGUUCUUUCACUUGCCUUCAUUUGAGGCUGCAUAUCGCAGUCUCUGGAAGCCUCAAGCCGAGCCAAAGCGUCCUUCCACCUCUUCACCAACCAGUCUCGGGCUGGGUUGUUAUCCUGACGGUGACGCGAACACGAUUUCGUUUCAUGCUGCACUGAAUGCCAUUUUUUCACUGGCGUGCCAUUAUUCGGACCUCCCGCCUGCCGAGCGACUGGCCGCCUCGACGACGUUUUUCCUCAGGACAAAGCCCUUUGUGAAUAUUGAUCUUUUGGAGGCAAAUAAUUUAAGUGUCGUGCAGACCUUGUUGCUCAUUGCGUUGAAUUUGCAGGGCACGCCGCAUCCAAGUCGGUGCUGGAAUGCGAGCGGUGUCGCAUGUAGAGUUGCUCAGGGGCUGGGUUUGCAUGCAGAGCACCAUCAGGACACGAGGGGCGCACUGGAGAAGGAGAUUCGGAGGAGGACCUGGUAUGGCUGUAUUGUAAUGGAUAUGUUGGUGAGCAUGACAUACGGCCGCCCGGCUAUGACAACACACAUUUCAGUAUUGCCGCUCCCGUCCGGGUUUGAGCAGAAUCUCUCGGUGCCUGUGGAGCCACAUCAGGUCGCACCUAGGUUUCGGUUCUACAGAGAAAACAUCCGCCUCUGUGGGAUACUGGAGGAUAUUCUAUCCAAGGUAUACCAGCCGUGGAUGAAUCGCGUGUCGCCUGAUCUAUCUCCUGUCACGGGCGGGAAUACCUCGCCGCAUUACAGCCUCGAUACGAUUGUCAUGCUACAUAGGAAGUUGUCUGAUUUUGAAAAUUCCGUGCACGAGACGCUUUCGUGGAAGAGAGAGGGAGAGAUUCCGUCUGAAUAUGCUGCGCUGUUUAAAGCUCAGAGACUGCUGCUUCAUGGUCGCUUUAUAUAUCUUCGCAUCAUGCUGCUUCGCCCCAUUCUAACACACCUCUCAACACACGAGCAACCAAAAUCCGUAGGUCCCAAGCUAGAAUCAACUACGUUCACGGAUCCUAUUCUAGCAGGGACAUCGCUCCAAUGUGCGAAACUAUGUGUCGAGGCGGCGAUUGAUUUGUUGCGACUACUUCAUACCAAUUUUAAUCCACAGGUUCCAGGGUCAUGGUGGUGGGAUGUCCUGUAUGCCUGCACGGCUGGCAUCGUACUUAUCAUAGCGAGGACAUGUCCCACCCUCGUCCCGUCACUCAAUCAAGCCCAAAUGUCAACGGCUUGGGACGAAUGCCAACAGAUUCUGAAGCAUGUUGCUUCGUUUAAUGCGUCUGGGCGACAGUCUCUCAAAAUGCUUCAGACAAUCCAUAGUAAAGUCUUGGUUAAGUCAGGAAGCAGCCCAGCUAGUCCCAACCUGCGACCCCAAACCACUCCAGCGGCGGAAGAAUGUGAUCUGUUGCAGUCGGUGGCGUUUGAUUCCGCGACGAAUUUUGACUUGUCGACAGAACCUGAGUUUCAGGGUUUUGGAGAUUUGGAUAUGAUUGGGUCGUUUUUCAACUGGGAUACUACGAGUUUUGAUGCGUUUGGGGGAGUGCCCAUACAGAAUUAA